AUGCCUCCCCGGUUACCGUCCCAAUCGCUGCAGGCUUGCUGUGCAGAGCUUUCAAGCUUCUCCGGCAGCAGCUCAAUUGCGGUCGCCUCGGCCUCGCCACUUGAGCGCGCACUCCUCUCCUCCCACUUCCUGUCUCUUCCGUCAUCAUGCAGAUCCUUCUCCUCCAGCACAAAUCGCCAACGGCGGAACGCACCGGUCUUGAAGCAGCGGAUGCAAGAGUGGUUCAAGAAGCACGGCAAGGACCUCAAGACCCACAAGCCUGGCAAGCCAAACUACCUUGAUAAAAACCCUAUCGGACCGCCACGGCCUUUCCCUUCCAACCCCGCGUUCAUCAGCCAGCCGGUACUGUCCGAGGAGGCGCGCGAAUUGAUCUGGAACAAGGUCAUGGUGAAGUGGGAGGGCGUCAAGGCCGUUUCGGCCGAGCUGGGCGUUGAUCAGAAGAGGGUGGCCGCUAUCGUGAGGAUGAAAGAGGUGGAAAAGGACUGGGAGGCAAAGGGCUUGAAACUGGCAAAAGUCUACUCGAAAGCCGUCCUUGACAUGGUACCCACGCACAGCUACCCCGAAGACAAGCCAAUACGGGCCCUUGAGCCGAUCAAUGAGAUCCACGUGCAUGGCUACACGAUGCAGCAGCUGUUUGUGCCGACGUCAGAAUCGCGACACUUCACCCGUGAGGACGCGGCAAAGGCCUUCCACCACACCAUGCUGUCGCCCGACGAGCGUGUGCCGCAUCGUGAGCUUGUGGAAAUGGAAAGGAGGGUGAAGGACGGCAUGAAGGAGAAGGAGAGUUGGACUCAGUUCAAGAGCGAGGCCAAGAAGUCCGAAGACGACAGGGACUUGAAGAUCCUCACAAUGGCGGAGAAGGAGAAGAAGAAUACUACUACGGUCACAACAGGCCGAUUCGACUUCCGGAUCAAGUCCAUCAGUGCUGAUGAUGUCGGCAAGGAUGGCCGUGCCAGAGGUGGCGUUGGCUGGAGGUACGGCAUUCCGUUUGAGGACCGGAAGAAGAACCAGGUCAAGAUCCCCACCAAGAUCGAUUAG